CGAUGUUAAUAUUUCAUGGGAGAAGUAACAUUUGCUCAACGGAGUACACUAGUUAAACACGAGUGGCUAGAUUUCAACUGCUUUGCUAGCUCGAUAGCUCGCUAACUCGCUAGCUACGGUUACCAAAAUGAGAAGAACUAUAAAAUCUUGCUUACUAGAAAACAAAACAUUCAACCUAAUCUAGCUAGAUUAACGUUGACAGCCUAACCUCACCUAGCUGGUUUUAUAUUGUCAACCAGUGGGGAAACUGCUGUUGUGAUAGAUUAUUGGCAGUUCAUCCAGCUAGCUGUCAAUUUUAAUUAACCUUAGCUGACGUAACGCUUUAGCUACCUAGCUAUCUGAGACACGGAACGAGGAUUAGUUAGCUAGGUAGCCAUUGUCUCAGCUUCUUUUGUUGAGAUGAAACGAUAGCUAACAAAUGUAGCUAACCUAGAUAAAUUGGAACGUCAAUAAAGAAUAUCACCAUUUCAGGAGACCAUAGGCCUGCUGUGGAGGAAUAAGAUGUCAAAAGGAAUUAAUAAGUGUGCGUCAUCUGUCGGGGUCUUCUCAGCACCACUGUCUUGGACGCUAUUGUUCUUCCUGAGUGCACUAACUACUGCCCUGGCAUCAAACUUCUUAGGCUGUGUGAGGCCAUUCUCCAUCCAGCACGGGCAAGUCAAUGUAACAGAGACCAACAGAGGCUCCUUCCCAGUUGGCACUGUGCUCCAGUACAGCUGUGAUUCAGGCUUCACUGUGGAUGGUCCCAAUAUUGUCAUCUGCACCAGAGAGGGCCUCUGGACUUCAGGCCCACCUCGCUGUCUGCACAAUAACUUGUGUGGUCCUCCAUUUGAGCCAAAUAAUGGGGGUUACACCUGCCAUCCAUCCCCAUGCCAUCGUCUGACGGAUGGCACAGUGGUCGAGUACUUCUGUGACGAAGGCUACACACUGAAGGGGGACUACAAAUACCUCACCUGCCAGAGCGGCGAAUGGGACAGCCCCAUGCAGAUCAGCUGUGUGCUCAGCCAGGAAAAGAAUACAUCUCCCAUACUGGGAAUAAACACACUGUCUAUCGUGGCCUCCACUGCCAGCUCUGUGGCACUGGUCCUCCUGCUGGUGGUGCUAUUUGUGUUAUUGCAGCCCAAGCUAAAGUCUUUCAAUCAUGGAAGGCGUGAGCAAAGAGGAUCCGGGCAGCCUGUGACCAUCAUGGUGGAGGGUGUACAGGUGACCUUGCCGUCCUAUGAGGAGGCUGUGUCUGGAGCUGGAGGUGUGGUCUUGACCCGGCCACACCCUGACGCGCAGCUGGAAUCUCUGGAGCAGCCUUCAGCCCAGGCCUCAGUCACACAUGCGCAGCAUGCAGUUGUGCAUCGACCACCUUCCUCUUCAUCCUCUUCCUCCUCCUUUUCCUUGGAUGCUGUGCAGGGAGCGACAGCCGCAUCCACAGCACUCCAGUGUCACAACCCAGACGCUAGUCAGCAGAAUAGAUUACAUACGUCUCUGCAUGGCUCAGAGCAGGACCUGUCUGAUGACAUUCCCCUAUUAAAGGAAUCCUGAGAGCUCCUGGACAUCUAUAAGCUGCCAUACAGCCUCCACAAAGACUGCAGUCCUGCAGGCCUGACUUGUGAUCUUUCUUUGUGCUGCACCUCUGCAAAAUACCGCUCAGCCAAUCUCAGGUGAUACUGAACUUGACAGGCCCAGUGCCUGAUAGAAGCCACCAAUACUGUCCAGUCAAGAACUCCCACUAAUUCCACAUAUGCGUAUAUCACACAUGCUCCUCUGUGUCCUUCAGGUUUAUGAGUAGGAGAUGUAGCAGCACUGUACAGAGAGCAAAUGAUUUAUGAAAGGCCUAACUUGGUAUUUAAAUAUUUUGUUAUUAAAUGUUUGUGGGGUUUUCUGUUCAGAGAGGUCAACCACAGUGGUCACAUGAUCAUACUUGAUCCCGCACACAAGAAACCCCCUCACCCUUAUACAUUAUUAAAAUGCGCAGAAUACCACUUGACAUUGUGAAUGAUGCAUGGAUACUUGUGGUAGCACUAAAGGUUUUGUUCAAUUUGUUUUUGGCCAACUGCCACACCAUACUAAGGGCUAUUUCUAUUCUCAUGUCAGUUUCCCCCAUUUAUUCAUUGUCACUGCCAGCCAUUUGUUAAGAGGUGUGUGUGUGUGCGUGCGUGUGUGCGUGCGUGUGUGCGUGCGUGUGUGCGUGCGUGUGUGCGUGCGUGU